AUGGAAAAACACGCGCGGCGGAUCCACAAAGUUUUACGGCACUGCGAGGAUCUAUCGGACAGGAUUGUGGGGAGAACGGGUGUGCUAUUUGUCACUUUCGCCGUAGCACUGCUCAUACCGUGUACAUUCUCUUUCUUUGAAGUUAUUUUUCCACACGCUCUCGCUCACUCAACUCCGCUCACGCGUCGUCUGGCUGCCGUGUACUGCACCUGGCAUGCCGCUGUGAUCUUCUUCAACUACUACAAGGCUGUUACUGUGUCACCGGGCUUGGUGAGCGUGGGUGAAGAUGAAGUGGCUGCAGACACCGCACACAGAUCGCACACAAAAUGCUCCAAAUGCUCAGCCGUGAAGCCGGAACGCGCCCACCAUUGCCGCGUCUGCAGCCGCUGUAUACUCAAAUACGAUCACCACUGUCCGUGGAUCAACCAGUGUGUCGGGCUUGGCAAUGAGCGUUAUUUCGUGCUCUUUAUGUUAUACCUCUCUGCAGCGUGUCUGAUAGUGGGGGUGAUGGGCUAUGGCGCAGUGUUCGAUGAGGUGUUGCCUAAUCGAGGUAGUGAUGAAUGGACACAGCGCUACUACUCGCCGCCCUUCUUUGCAGUGCUGACUUGGCUUCUCGCCCUACUUAUUGGAAGCGUUGUCGGUGUAAUGGCUGCGUGGCAGCUCUCGCUCGUGUUUCAAGGCCUCACUAGUGUCGAGUACGAGGAUCAUAGAGCGUACAGAAAAGCUGUGAGGCGGGAUCGAAGAAAUGGCCUUCAGCCUGCUUACACUGCUAUCAACCCCUACGACUUCGGGUGGGCGAAGAACUUGUCGCUCUUUUUCAACAUUGGUGGCGGUCGCAGACACUGGACUGUACUCCUCCUGCCUAUCCCCCACCCGCCAUGCGGCGAUGGAUACACGUUCGCCAAGAGAAACACACAAGGCCUGCAGCUGCACUUUGACAGCGAGAGCGAAAGCGAGGGGGAUGUGGUGUGA